AUGCCAUCUUUCACGUCUUCACCUAUGUACUGUGCAUCCAUUGCAGAGUCAACUCAGGGUGAUCCAUUCAGGGUUGAGUCGAUUGACGAAGAUAUCCAGUCACUUAAUACUUCACAUGCCAUCUUUCACGUCUUCACCUAUUUACUGACAUCCAUUGCAGAGUCAACUCAGAGUCAACUCAGGGUGAUCCAUUCAGGUUUGAGUCGAUUGACGAAGAUAUCUAGUCACUUAAUACUUCACAUGCCAUCUUUCACGUCUUCACCUAUGUACUGUGCAUCCAUUGCAGAGUCAACUCAGGGUGAUCCAUUCAGAGACAACCUAAUGUUUUGGAAGAAUAAUAAGGAAAUUGGUUUGGUCAAGUUGAUUGCUGUGGCAGUUGAUGAGGCAAAAUCUGUAGUAUCCAUCAAUGGUGACCGCAUAAAACAAUUACAGGAGCUUCAUGCUAAGCUAGACGAGCACUUGCUAACAGAGAAAAACCAUCAGAAAGCCUUUGAAGAUGAUAUUCAGUGUAAUAUGAAUGCAGUUUUAUCUUCAGAUGACAACAGGAAAACUGCUUUACAGCUUGCGCUUGAGGAGGAGCAGCAAGUUGUUGCUGAUAAAUGGCUUCAUAUUUAUCGUGCCUUAAUUGAUGAGCGAGGACCAUGGUCUUCACUUCCUUUUCCAAAUUCUGUUGCCACUCAUUGGAAACUCGAUAAGACAGAGGAUAGUUGGAGGCGCAGGCCCAAACUUAAACGAAAUUACAAGUUUGAUGAGCGUCUUUGUCACCCUCCAACAACUAAAAUGUCAAAUAGAAUCACUCAACCUACAAGUGAGUCCUCUGCUGGUAUGAGGACCAAUUUUCCUGAACAAAUGAAACAAUUUAUUUUGAAGGGUGUACGAGGAAUUACUGAUGAGAAGUCUCUGGAUUCCUUGGAUGAUGACUUGGCUAUGAUGAAUGAGCCUGACCCGCAUAUUUUUUUGGAAAAUCAUGGUUCAGAAUUUGUCAAAGACCACAGUGGUGAUGUGGAUAGUGUUCCUGAAAAGGAACCAUCCUCUGGUUCCACAGAUAGUGAUUUUUUUGAGGUUCACUUGUCUACACUUGCUGUGUUUAUUACACCAAAACGAAAAUUGGCUGGGCAUUUGGCUAUCAUGCAGAAUGUGCUGCAUUUUUCUGGUGAGUUCUUAGUUGAAGGCACAGGAGGAUCUUCAGUUUUCAGAAAUUUCAAUGAUACAGGGAACUUAGAUUCUAGAAAAUCUGAACCAUUGGGAAGUAUACCGAAGCAGAAAUCACAUAAAGGGCUGACAUUUGAUAGCACCCGUGGAAAAGGAUCAAUUGACAGUGAAGAUCUUGAUGUUUCUGCACAGCAUAAAUGCAACAAGAUCAAACUCCAUAGGAGAUGGAAUCUUUCUACGAUAAAAGCAGUUCAUUGGACUCGCUACUUACUACAGUAUACAGCACUAGAAAUAUUCUUCAAUGAUUCCAAGGCACCUGUUUUUCUGAAUUUUAUGUCUCAAAAGGAUGCCAAACAUUUUGGAACAACAAUAAUCUCUCUGAGGAAUGAAUUGUAUCCCAAAGGGAGCUCCAAAGAUAAAACUGGACACAUUACUUUUAUUGACAGACGUAUUGCACUUGAGAUGGCUGAAAAUGCCAGGGAGAGAUGGAGGAGAAGAGAGAUUAGCAACUUUGAAUAUUUAAUGACUCUCAAUACUCUUUCUGGUCGUUCUUAUAAUGACUUGACUCAAUAUCCUAUCUUUCCUUGGGUAUUGGCUGAUUAUUCAUCAGAAAAGCUAGAUUUCAACAAAUCAUCUACUUUUAGAGACCUUUCAAAACCAGUUGGUGCCUUGGACUCCAAACGCUUUGAGGGUUUUGAGGAGAGAUAUCACAGUUUCAGUGAUCCUGAUAUUCCUAGUUUUUACUAUGGAUCUCAUUAUUCUAGCAUGGGCAUUGUGCUCUAUUAUUUACUUAGGCUUGAACCUUUUACAGCUCUGCAUCGAAAUUUGCAGGGAGGAAAAUUCGAUCACGCAGACCGUCUUUUUCAAUGCAUAGAUGGAACAUACCGGAAUUGCCUAUCUAAUACAAGUGAUGUCAAGGAGCUGAUCCCUGAGUUCUUUUACAUGCCUGAAUUUCUUGUCAAUUCAAAUCGUUAUCAUUUAGGUGUUAAGCAAGAUGGUGAACCUCUAGGUGAUGUUGUCCUCCCUCCAUGGGCCAAGGGUUCAUCAGAGGAGUUCAUAUAUAGAAAUAGGGAAGCUUUGGAGAGUGAAUACGUGAGUUCCAAUCUUCAUCACUGGAUCGAUCUAGUGUUUGGUUAUAAACAACGUGGAAAGCCUGCCGUCGAGGCAGCCAACAUAUUUUACUAUUUAACUUAUGAAGGUGCUGUCGAUUUGGAGAACAUGGAUGAUAUGCUGCAAAAAUCUGCAAUAGAAGAUCAGAUUGCAAAUUUUGGCCAAACACCAAUCCAGAUUUUCAGAAAGAGACACCCACGAAGAGGGCCACCAAUCCCUAUUGCCCAUCCCUUGUAUUUUGCUCCUGCAUCAAUCACAUUGACUUCCAUUGUCUCUAGUGCAACCAGUCCCUCUUCGGCCAUAGUUUUUAUUGGCUUAUUAGACUCUAAUGUUGUACUGGUGAGUCAAGGGCUCACUCUGUCAGUAAAACUGUGGUUAACAACACAAUUGCAGGCUGGUGGGAACUUCACAUUCUCUGGAUCCCAGGAACCGUUUUUUGGUAUAGGUCCUGAUGUGUUUUCACCUCGCAAGCUCUGUACUCCAUUGGCUGAAAACAUUGAGUUUGGCAAGCAAUGCAUGGUCACCAUGCAAGUUCUUAAUGAAAAUUACCUUAUUUCAUGUGGUAAUUGGGAAAAUAGCUUUCAGGUGAUCUCCCUAAAUGAAGGAAGGAUAGUGCAGAGCAUCAGACAACACAAAGAUGUGGUCAGCUGUAUAGCAGUUUCAUCUGAUGGAAGUAUGCUUGCAACUGGAAGUUAUGACACAACUGUCAUGGUAUGGCAUGCUUAUCGUGGAAGGCAUGCUGAGAGAAGAUCUCGAGCUAUGCAAACUGAUUUUCCUCGAAAAGAUCAUGUCAUCAUUGAAAGCCCUUUCCAUAUUCUAUGUGGCCAUGAUGACAUUAUAACAUGCUUGUUUAUUAGUGCUGAACUUGAUGUUGUCAUCAGUGGUUCAAAAGAUGGAACUUGCAUUUUUCACACACUAAGGGAAGGAAGAUAUGCACAGUCCAUUCAGCACCCUUCUGGUAGUCCUUUGUCCAAGUUAGUUGUAUCACCUCAUGGAAGAUUGGUCAUCUAUGCUGAGAGUGAUCUGAGUUUGCACAUGUAUUCUAUCAAUGGAAAACAUGUUGCAUCUUCUGAAUCCAAUGGGCGCCUCAACUGCAUUGAACUUAGUAGUUGUGGUGACUUCCUUGUUUGUGCUGGUGAUCAAGGACAGAUAAUUGUGCGUUCCAUGCAUUCACUUGAUGUUGUCAGAAAAUAUGAAGGAAUAGGGAAAAUAAUAACAUCCCUAGCUGUGACACCUGAAGAAUGCUUCUUAGCUGGAACUAAAGAUGGUAGCCUUCUAGUAUAUUCCAUAGAAAAUCCUCUUACCCGUAGAGGCAGUAGCCUUUCACGCAACAAUAAAUCAAAAAAUACUGCAACUGGAUGAGUUAAAUAUUGGUAGAUGCUGUUGCAGUUCAUCAUCAUUGAUUCUCAUAUAUCCAAUUAGAGGAUUACAAGUAUAUUUGACAUGGA